GGUGGGGGGGCGCAAUGCUGCGUGGAAUAACAGCGGACCUGCCGGCCAUGGGGGGCACGUUUAAGCACAUCCUGCUGCUUUUCGCAGGUCUGAUCACCGCGGCGAACGGUCAGCCUUGUGGCAGUGUGCUUCAAGGCCUGAACGGAUCCAUAGAAAGUCCUGGCUUCCCCCACGGCUACCCCAACUAUGCCAACUGCACGUGGAUCAUAGUGACGGGAGAGCGCAACAGGAUACAGCUGUCCUUCCACACCUUCGCUCUGGAGGAGGACUUUGACAUCGUCUCCAUUUACGAUGGACAGCCACAGCCGGGCAACCUGAAGAUGAGGUUGUCUGGCUUCAUGCUGCCGUCGCCAAUAGUGAGUUCGGGGUCUAUACUUGCAUUGUGGUUCACCACAGAUUUUGCUGUGAGUGCCCAAGGAUUUAAAGCAAUCUAUGAAGUGCUGCCGAGUCACACGUGUGGAAAUCCCGGCCUCAUACCCCGAGGGAUUAUUCACGGGACGAGGUACAACAUCGGGGACAAAAUCCGCUACAGCUGCGUGAUGGGAUAUAUCCUGGAGGGUCACGCGGUGCUCACGUGCAUCGUGAGUCCUGGGAGUGGUGCAUCAUGGGACUUCCCAGCACCAUUUUGUAGAGCUGAAGGAGCAUGUGGGGGGACGUUAAGAGGGACGACAGGGACGAUAUCCAGCCCUCAUUUCCCCUCGGAGUACGAGAACAAUGCAGACUGCACGUGGAGCAUUCUGGCGGAGCCUGGAGACACCAUCGCCUUGGUCUUCACAGACUUCCAGCUGGAGGACAGAUAUGACUUUCUAGAAAUCAGUGGCACAGAAGCCCCUUCAAUAUGGCUCACUGGGAUGAAUCUUCCGUCGCCCGUCAUCAGUAGCAAGAACUGGCUGCGGCUGCACUUCACAUCCGACAGCAACCAUCGACGGAAAGGAUUUAGUUCCCAGUACCAAGUAAAGAAAGCCAUAGAGCUGAAAUCCAGAGGAGUGAAAAUGCUUCCAAACAAAGACACAAAUCACAAAAACGCUGUCUUGAGCCAAGGAGGAAUGGCGGCGGAUAUUUGUCCAGAUCCAGGGACUCCAGAGAACGGGAAGAGAAUCGGUUCCAGCUUCCAGGUCGGCGCCAGCAUCCAGUUCUCCUGCGAUGACAGCUAUGUGCUGCAGGGAUCAAAGAGCAUCACUUGCCAGAGAGUGACUGAAACCCUGGCUGCCUGGAGUGACCACAGGCCGAUCUGUCGGACAAGAACAUGUGGCUCGAACCUGCGAGGUCCGAAAGGGAUCAUCACCUCUCCGAAUUACCCGGUCCAGUACGAGAACAACGCCCACUGUGUGUGGGUCGUCACUGCAGUGGACCCAGAGAAGGUCAUCAAACUGGCGUUUGAGGAGUUUGAUCUGGAGAGAGCUUACGACACGCUGACGGUGGGUGACGGAGGAAAGAUCGGAGAUGCCAGACGGGUGCUUUAUGUUCUAACAGGAUCCACUGUGCCAGAUUUGAUUGUGAGCAUGAGCAGCCAGAUGUGGCUUCAUCUCCAGUCUGAUGAUACGAUUGGCUCUCAGGGCUUCAAGGCCAUAUAUGAAGAGAUCGAUAAAGGAGGAUGCGGAGACCCGGGCAUCCCAGCCUACGGCAAGCGGACGGGAGACAGUUUUUCACACGGCGACGUGCUGACCUUUGAGUGUCAGGCCGCCUUCGAGCUGGUCGGGGAGCGGACUAUUUCCUGCCAACAGAAUAACCAGUGGUCUGGAAACAAACCCAGCUGCGUCUUCUCCUGCUUCUUCAAUUUCACUGCCCCGUCAGGCAUCAUCCUCUCCCCCAACUACCCAGAAGAGUACGGCAACAACAUGAACUGCGUGUGGCUCAUUAUAGCCGAGCCGGGCAACCGGAUCCACCUCAUCUUCAGCGACUUUGAGGUGGAGCCCCAAUUCGACUAUCUGAUCGUGAAGGACGACGGCAUGCCCGAGCCUACGACCUUUGGCACCUUCUCCGGCAAGGAUGUGCCCUCCCAGAUCGCCAGCAACGGCAAUAUAAUGAGACUGGAGUUCCAGUCUGAUCACUCCAACACCGGGAAGGGCUUCAACAUCACCUACACAACGUUUGGCCAGAACGAAUGUCAUGACCCCGGCAUCCCCAUCAACGGUCAGCGCUUUGGAGAGCACUUCUUACUGGGCAGCUCGGUGCUCUUCACAUGUGACGAGGGCUUCAUCAAGACCCACGGCUCUGAAUCCAUCACCUGCGUCAUCCUGGACGGGAAUGUGGUGUGGAACGCCGCCGUCCCACGCUGCGAAGCUCCAUGUGGAGGGCGUUUAACGGCCCCGGCGGGAGUGCUGCUGUCCCCCGGCUGGCCCGGCUACUACAAAGACUCCCUCAACUGUGAAUGGGUGAUUGAAGCCAGGAGGGAUCAUGCCAUCAAGAUCUCUUUUGACAGGUUCCAGACGGAGGUUAAUUACGACACGUUGGAGAUUCGUGACGGGCCCUCCAACUCGUCGCCACUGAUCGGAGAGUACCACGGCACCCAGGCACCGCACUUCCUCAUCAGCACCGGCAAUUACAUGUACCUCCUCUUCACCACCGACAACAGCCGCUCCAGCGAGGGCUUCCAGAUCCGCUACGAGAGCAUCAUGAUGGAGAGCGACUCGUGCUUGGAUCCGGGCAUUCCCGUCAACGGAAAGAGGCACGGGAACAAUUUCGCCAUCGGCUCCAGGGUGACGUUCAGCUGUGAUCAGGGCUACACUUUGAGCGAUGAGGAGCCCAUUGUGUGCGAGAGGAACCAUCAGUGGAACCACGCUCUGCCCAGCUGUGAUGCUUUGUGCGGUGGUUAUGUCUAUGGAAAAACCGGCACCAUCCUCUCUCCGGGUUUUCCCGAUUUCUACCCGAACUCUUUGAACUGUACGUGGACCAUUGAAGUUUCUCAUGGGAAAGGGGUGCAGCUGGUCUUCCACACGUUCCACCUGGAGGACUCCCAUGAUUACCUGCUCAUUACUGAAGACGGCAGCUUCGCCGAGCCCGUGGCCCGACUCACCGGCUCCGUGCUGCCCCCCUCCAUCAAGGCCGGCCUGUUCGGCAACUUCAGCGCCCAACUCCGCUUUAUCUCCGACUUCUCCAUGUCCUACGAGGGCUUCAACAUCACCUUCUCAGAGUAUAAUCUGGAGCCGUGUGAAGACCCCGGGGUGCCGGCCUACAGCAGGAGGGUGGGCUUCCAGUUCGGAGUCGGGGACUCGCUGAUGUUCACCUGCUUCUCGGGCUACAGGCUGGAGGGGGAGAGUAAGAUCACCUGCCUGGGAGGAGGCCGGCGCGUGUGGAGCGCAGUCCUGCCCAGGUGUGUGGCUGAGUGUGGUGCCUCCUCCACGGGGAUAGAGGGGGUCCUUCUCUCCCCAAAUUAUCCGUCCAACUAUGACAACAACCACGAGUGCAUCUAUCGCGUCCGGACCGACAACGGGAAGGGCAUCCAGCUCAGCGCCAGCACCUUCCAGCUGCGGGACGGAGACUUCCUCCUGGUCUAUGACGGCCAAGACAGUUCAUCAAGACUACUGGGCAAUUUCACCAAAAACGAAAUGUCCAACGUCAUAAUCAACAGCACCUCCAACCAUCUGUGGAUUGAGUUCAACAGCAAUGGAACCGGAACCAGCAAGGGCUUCAAACUGAUACACACCAGUUUUGACCUUGUCAAGUGUGAAGAGCCGGGCACGCCUAACUACGGCUACAAGAUCCAGGACGACGGACACUUCGCCAACACCUACGUUCUGUACAGCUGCAACCCCGGCUAUACCCUGCACGGCAGCAGCACCCUCACCUGCCUCAGUGGAGACCGCAGGGUUUGGGACAAGUCGCUGCCGUCCUGCGUUGCGGAGUGUGGAGGCCACAUCAGCGGUGCAACAUCUGGUCGCAUCCUGUCUCCUGGUUACCCGGCCCCCUACGACAACAACCUCCACUGCACCUGGUCCAUCGAGGCAGAUACAGGAAAAACCAUCAGCCUCCACUUCAUUGUCUUCGACACGGAGGUGGACCACGACAUCCUGAAGGUGUGGGACGGCCCGACGGAGAGCGGGAUCCUGCUGAAGGAGUGGAGCGGCUCCCUCCUGCCUGAGGACACCCACAGCACCUUCAACAUCCUCACGCUGCAGUUCGACAGCGACUACUUCAUCAGCAAGUCCGGCUUCUCCAUCCAGUUCUCCACUACGACGGCCUCCACCUGUAACGACCCCGGCACGCCCCAGAACGGCAGUCGGUACGGGGACAGCCGGGAGCCCGGCGACACCAUCUCCUUCCAGUGUGACCCGGGGUACCAGGUGCAGGGCGUGUCCGAGAUCACGUGUGUUCAGCUCAAUAACCGCUUCUUCUGGCAGCCGGACCCGCCCACCUGCAUGGCUACCUGUGGAGGCAAUGUGACAGGACCUGCUGGGGUAAUUCUAUCACCCAACUACCCUCAGCCCUACCCGGCGGGGAAGGAGUGUGACUGGAGAAUAAAAGUCAACCCGGACUUUGUCAUCGCUCUAAUUUUCAAAAGCUUUAACAUGGAGCCCAGCUACGACUUCCUGCACGUUUACGAGGGCGAGGACUCCAACGGCCGCCUGAUCACGAGCCUGCAGGGCAACCAGGCGCCCGAUCGGAUUGAGAGCAGUGGAAACAGCCUGUUCCUCGCCUUCCGCAGCGACGCCUCCCUCGGCAUGUCCGGAUUUGCCAUCGAAUACAAAGAAAAGCCGAGGGAAGCGUGUUUCGACCCCGGGAACAUCAUGAACGGAUCGCGGAUGGGAAUAGACUACAAACUGGGAUCCACCGUCACGUACCAGUGUGACUCGGGCUACACCACCGUGGGCCCGGCCACGCUCACCUGCAUCAUCGGCACUGACGGGAAACCGGUGUGGGAUAAAGCCCUGCCUACAUGUAAAGCUCCCUGCGGUGGUCAGUACACGGGAUCUGAGGGAGUUGUGCUGUCUCCAAACUAUCCCCACAACUACACCACGGGCCAGACCUGCUCCUACUACAUCACCGUCUCUGGAGAGUUUGUGGUCUUCGGGCAAUUUGCCUAUUUCCAGACAGCCAUGAACGACUCGGUGGAGCUGUUUGAUGGGCCCAAUCAGAACGCCAGGCUGCUGAGCUCCCUGGCCGGCUCUCAUUCCGGAGAGACCUUGCCCUUGGCUACUUCAAACCAGAUCAUGCUGAGGUUCACCGCCAAGAGUGGCCCUUCCGCCAGGGGAUUCCACUUUGUUUACCAAGCUGUGCCACGCACCAGUGAUACCCAGUGCAGCUCCAUCCCAGAGCCCAGAUACGGCCGGCGCAUCGGCUCCGAGUUCUCAGCCGGCUCCAUUGUCCGCUUCGAGUGCAGCCCCGGAUACCACCUCCAGGGAUCUAAAGCUAUCAAGUGCCACGCCGUCCCCAACGCCCUGGCACAAUGGAACGACAGCAUCCCCACCUGCAUAGUUCCAUGCAGUGGGAAUCUUACAGAAAGACGAGGCACCAUCCUCUCCCCCGGCUUCCCUGAGCCCUACGGGAACAGCCUGAACUGCGUCUGGAGAAUCUCCGUCACCGAAGGAGCCGGCAUCCAGAUCCAAGUCAUGAGCUUCGCCACAGAGCACAACUGGGACUCCUUGGAGAUCUACGACGGCGGCGACAUGACAGCUCCGAAGCUAGGCAGCUUUUCAGGUACGACAGCACCAGCCUUGCUGAACAGCACGUCCAACCAGCUCUACCUGCACUUUCACACCGACAUCAGCGUCGUCGCCGCCGGAUUUCACCUUGAGUACAAAACUGUGGGUCUGACCACAUGCCCGGAGCCUGUGGUGCCGGCCAACGGUAUCAAGAGUGGUGAUCGGUACAUGGUCAAUGAGGUGGUGUCGUUCAGCUGUGAGCCGGGAUACGUGCUGCAGGGUCAUUCUCACAUAACGUGUAUGCCGGGAACAGUAAGACGCUGGAACUAUCCACCUCCUCUGUGUAUCGCCAAGUGUGGAGGGAACCUUCACGACAUGAGUAAUGUGAUCCUGAGCCCUGGCUUUCCCGGAAACUACCCCGGAAACCUGGACUGCACCUGGAGGAUCCUCCUGCCCAUCGGAUACGGAGCACACAUCCAGUUCCUCAACUUCACAACGGAGGACAACCACGACUUCCUGGAGGUCCGUAACGGCCCUCAGCACAGCAGCUCUCUGAUUGGUCAGUACAGCGGCAGCCAGCUUCCUCCGCCCCUCCUCAGCACCACGCACGAAACCGUCAUCCACUUCUACAGCGACCACUCGCAGAACCGCCAGGGCUUCAGGCUCACUUACCAAGCAUAUCAGCUACAGAAUUGCCAGGAUCCAUAUCCGUUCCUCAACGGAUACAUCAUCAACAACGACUUCAACGCGGGCCAAUCUAUAACGUUCGAGUGCUUUCCUGGAUACGUAUUGGUCGGCCAUCCGGUGUUGACGUGCCAACAUGGAACCAAUAGGAAAUGGAACCAACCGUUUCCUCGCUGCGAAGCUCCCUGCGGCUACAACGUCACCGCGCCGAACGGCACCAUCUUCUCCCCCGGCUACCCCAACGAGUACCCCGACUCGCAAGACUGCAUCUGGCUCAUCACCGUCCCCCACGGCCACGGCGUCUACAUCAACUUCACCCUGCUGCAGACCGAGCCCGUCACUGAUUACAUCGCAGUGUGGGACGGACCUGAGCAGAGCUACCCCCAGCUCGGGAUCUUCAGCGGGAACACGGCUCUGGAGUCGGCCUACAGCUCUUUCAAUCAGGUCCUUAUCAAGUUUCACAGCGACUUCUCCACCAGCGGAUUCUUUGUCCUCAAUUUCCAUGCAUAUCGUCUGAAGAAGUGUCCACCUCCCCCGAGCGUGGAGGAAGCAGAGAUACUCUACGAGGACGAGGACUAUGAAAUAGGUGACGUUGUGAGAUACCGCUGCUUCCCUGGCUUCACCUUGGUCGGCAGUGAUGAGCUCACGUGCAAGCUUAACUCCCACCUGCAGUUCGAGGGCCCUCCCCCGGUGUGCGAAGCUCAGUGUCCCGCAAACGAAGAGCAUUCCACGUCCUCCGGCGUGAUCCUGAGCCCAGGGUUUCCUAAAAACUACCCCAACUCCCAGACCUGUUCCUGGAUCAUCAAAGUGCUGCCCUCCUUCACCAUCUCCAUCUACGUGGAGAUGUUCCAGAGCGAGAAGCAGUUUGACGAGCUGGAGAUAUUUGACGGGCCAUCUGGGCAAAGUCCCUUGCUGGUGGCUCUUAGUGGAAACCACUCAACGCAACUGAACUUCACCAGCAAGACCAACCAGCUUUACCUCAGAUGGUCAACCGACCAUGCCACCAACAAGAGGGGGUUUAAAAUACGCUACACAGCGGCGUAUUGUAGCGUGAACAGCGUACCGAAGAACGGCGGGGUGAUCAACAGGACAAGAGAGCGGCCCGGCAGCAGGAUCCAGUACUACUGUAAUCCAGGCUACAGGCUAGUGGGGCAGCGAAACGCCACAUGUAGACUCCAUCCCAACGGCCUGUAUCAGUGGGACACUCCGGCUCCUCUCUGUCAAGCUAUCUCAUGCGGUGUUCCGGACAGCCCGGCCAACGGCUCCUUCCACGGGCUGCAGUACACCGUGGGCAGCAAUGUCCAGUACCAGUGUGACGAGGGCUACCAGCCGGAGAGCGCCGCCCUGCUGUCUGCUGUCUGCCUGGAGGACGGUACCUGGAGCAACGCUGCCCGUCCUACUCAAUGCUUACCGGUUCAGUGCCCCAACAUCGAGAGCAUGCUCUCAGAGCACAUGGUGUGGCGUCUAAUCUCAGGCUCUCUGAAUGAGCUGGGGGCUCAGGUAAUGCUAAGCUGCACUCCUGGUUACUACCUGGGGGGGCGGAGGACUAUCAAGUGCUUACCCAACGCAACCUGGGGGGGACUGGAAGAGAAGUCGAGCUGCAAGAUUAUCUCCUGUGGCGAGUUGCCUUCACCGCCCAACGGCAAGAAGAUGGGCACUUUAACCACCUUCGGAGCUACAGCUAUCUUCAUGUGCAACACGGGCUACACCUUAGUGGGUUCUCACGUGAGAGAGUGUCAAGCCAACGGCCUCUGGAGCGGAGUCGACACUAAAUGCCUGGCCGGCCACUGCGACUCGCCCGAUCCCAUCACUAACGGCCACAUCAGCGGCGACGGCUCCAGCUACAGAGAUACGGUGGUGUAUCAGUGCAACCUGGGAUUUCGCCUCAUCGGAACCUCGGUGCGCAUCUGCCAGCAGGACCACAGGUGGUCGGGCCAGGCUCCUGUCUGUGUCCCCAUUACCUGCGGGCAUCCUGGAAACCCCUCCAACGGGCGAACGAAUGGCAGCGAGUUCAAUCUGAACGACGUGGUGAACUUCACAUGCAGCUCGGGCUACGUCCUGCACGGCACGUCUCGGGCUCAGUGCCGCAUGAACGGCCAGUGGAGCAAUCCUCUGCCUGUUUGCAAGGUGGUGAACUGCUCUGAUCCGGGCUUCGUGGAGAACGCUGUUCGUCAUUCUGCGCAGCGCUAUCCCGAGAGCUUCAGCUACACGCACAGCGUGAUGUUCCACUGCAAGAGGGGCUUCUAUCUGCUCGGCUCGUCGGUGCUCACCUGUCAGUCAAACGGCUUGUGGGACAGAUCGCUUCCUAAGUGCCUUUUCAUUUCUUGUGGUGAUCCGGGCACACCGCCCUUCGCUGUUCUGACGGGCAGGAAGUUCACCAAUGGAGCCCUGGUGCACUACUCCUGCAGCCAGGGCCGCACGGUGGUGGGCAACAGCACGCGGCAGUGCCAGGAGGAUGGGCGCUGGAGUGGCUCGCCACCCUACUGCUCCGGUGGUAGUCCAGGUCUGUGUGGAGACCCUGGCGUACCCCCUCAUGGUUCUCGUCUGGGUGAGGAGUUCCGGGUGAGGAGCCUCCUGCGCUUCACCUGCGAGGCGGGAUACGUCCUGCUGGGCUCUGCGGAGCGCACCUGCCUGCAGAACGGCUCGUGGAGCGGCGUCCAGCCCGUGUGUGAAGCUGUGUCCUGCGGAAACCCCGGAACUCCAGCUUUCUCCAGGAUCGUCUUCAGUGACGGCAUGCUCUUCUCCAGCUCAGUAACGUACGCCUGCUGGGAGGGCUACAAAACAUCUGGCCUCACCACUCGCCACUGCACCACCAACGGGACCUGGACCGGCUCCGCCCCCGACUGCACAGUUAUCAGCUGUGGAGAUCCCGGCCCUAUUGCCAAUGGGAUUUAUAUAGGGAACGAGUUCACCUACAACAAGACCGUCCGCUAUCGCUGUAACCCCGGCUACAUCAUGGACCCUCUGGGGCUGGACACCCUACGCUGCUCUAAAGACGGAUCCUGGAACCAGACCAAGCCAGGCUGCAGAGUCAUCACGUGUGGCCAGCCCCCAGCCAUUCGCUUUGGAAAAGUGGAGGGUUCUGAUCUGCAGUGGGGAUCCAGUGUGGCCUACAGCUGCUUCGAUGGCUAUCAGCUUUCCUCUCCUGGAAUAGCCACGUGCGAGGGGAACGGGACGUGGCGUGGGGAAAUCCCUCAGUGUCUGCCUGUGUUAUGUGGAGACCCCGGCACCCCCGCUGAAGGCUACCGAGAAGGGAACCACUUCACCUACAAGUCAGAAAUGGCGUUUUACUGCCGCUCGCCCUUCCUGCUGGUGGGCUCCCCGAGACGAGUGUGUCAGGAGGACGGCUCCUGGACCGGGAUCCAGCCCUCCUGCAUCGAUCCAGCGUACAACGCGUGUAAAGAUCCCGGAACCCCUGCGUACGGAAUCCCUCUGCAGGCUCAGGGAUUUGAGGUGGGGAGCAAAGUUUUCUUUAGAUGCCGAAAAAAUUAUCACAUUCUUGGAUCAACUACGAGAACAUGCCUGGAAAAUCUGACCUGGAGUGGCAUGCAGCCUGAGUGUGUUGCACACGCCUGCCGACAGCCGGAGACGCCGUCUCACGUGGACGUGAGGGCCAUCGACCUGCCGACGCUGGGCUACACCCUCAUGUACAUGUGCCAGGACGGCUUCUUUCUGGCCGGCGGAUCGGAGCACAGGACGUGCCGGCCGGACGGCAGGUGGUCUGGAAAACCACCUGUCUGCAAAGUUGGGCCCAAAAUAAACAGCAAGACAAAGGGAGACUCCGACGUACAGAAAAACAAGAUCCGGGUUCCAGCAGACGUGUUCUCUUUAAACUCCGGCUGGACCGGCUUCUACGAAUACCUCGGCAAGAGGCAGGCGGCCACAAUAACAGUCAACGCAUUUAAUUCCACAACCAGCAGAGUCAACGUCACUCUACUGGAGCAGAGCGGCGUGCAGAUUAAACUCGCAGGAACGUACAAGAAAGAAGAAAAUCAUCUCUUACUGAAAGUCUACCAGAUAAGAGGCCCAACGGAGCAGUACUUCAGUAAAUUCAAAAACGACAACUGGGCAAUGGAUGGAUACGUUACAGCAGAGUCUGAGAAGAAAAUGUUUGUUUAUCAAGGCCAUAUCCACAGCAAAGAUUUUGGGAAAUUUCAGCUGACAAGACAAGGUCUCAUCACCACAGAUAUGGAUUCCUCCAAUCCGUACUAUGGCACCAACAGCAGCUCAGUGGCGGCUGCUAUACUGGUGCCAUUCUUUGCUCUUAUUCUGUCAGGAUUCGCCUUUUACCUCUACAAACACAGGGUACUAUCACAAGAGACAGAUGAGAAUGAGAGACCCAAAGACGUAAUCAGGGCCGGCUCCAGAACAAGACCGAAAGUUCAGUACAACGGCUACGCCGGCCACGAGAACACCAACGGCCAAGCGUCGUUCGAGAACCCCAUGUACGACACCAACAUGAAGCCGACGGAGGCCAAAGCCGUGAGGUUCGACACCACGCUCAACACGGUGUGCACAGUAGUAUAGCCUCCGUUUAUAGCGCCUCUGGACUCGUCUCCGAACAUCUCAGAGCAUCUCAGAGCGUCUCAGAGCGUCUCAGAGCAUCUCAGAGCGUCUCAGAGCAUCUCAGAGCAUCUCAGAGCGUCUCAGAGCGUCUCAGAGCGUCUCAGAGUGUCUCAGAGCAUCUGGGCAUCUCUUAAUUCAACGGAAGUGAGUUUCAAUGAAACUACAGCAGCUGACAGACUUUACUUCACUGCAGGCUCACUUUAAUCAUUUCUGAAUAUGGACAGCUUUGUUUUUCUUUUUUAAACAAUCACAAAAGACAAAAAAAAAAUAUUAAUAAAAACAGCGGAAUCAGGACAGUCAGAAGAAGCUAUCAAAGAAACUACAACUAAUGAGCUUUAUAUAUAUAUAUAUAUAUAUAUAUAUAUAUAUAUAUAUAUAUAUAUAUAUAUAUAUAUAUAUAUAUAUAUGUAUAUAUACAUAUAUAAGCUUACGUGCUGACUGUGGUCCGGACGAACGACCACCGGAGCAAGAGACAGCACCACUAACAGCACAUGUAGGAUGAAAAGGAUUUUUUUCUAUCCUGUUUUUUCAUGUCUUUCCUCCUCCCUCGUCCCCUUCCGAACCGAAAAAUACAGCAACACGUACAAAUAAUGGAGUAAAAUAAGCGAGAAGACGUAGUAGAAGUGUCUUUAAAAGCUGCAGAGUUGCUCUGACCCCAUGUAUUUUCUUCAGUGAAGACAAAAGAUAAUGAACAGAGCAACGAACGGACAGAACAUACGCCACUGCGGCCUGGCGGACUGACCUUUGCUGCGUGCAUCUCCAUCAAAAAGCUCAUCGCAAGAAGAUGAACAGAGGAAGAACAAAAAGAAGAACAAGGAGAAGGAGGAGGAGAAGAAGAAGAAGAAGACUCUAAUCUCUGGGUUGCGGACUGAGCAGUCAGCCACCGUGUGUUUAUUGGUUGGUUGGGAGGGGGAGAAAGAAAAGGACAAAAAAUAACUUUAUCGCACAAAUUUUGCACUAGUAUGAGAAGGACAUGGACUUAUUGGAAGAAAUGAAUACACCAGAAAAAAAAGAAUAUACAGGGUUUCUGACCAUAUGUAUAUAUAUAUAAAAACAUAUAAAUCCAUAUUCAUAAAGAGCAUGAUGUCAUGCUAUGUCUAUCAAGAGAGAAGGAGAGAAUCGAGAGAGAGAUAGAAAGAGAGAGUCUGAUUAUAUUUUUCGGAAAUUAGCUCUGCAAAUAAAUAAAGUUCUUUUUAUGUUUACAUGAACCUGUCUGAAAGGUUUAAGGACACACUUUAAGCUUUGAUACUGUUUUAUUUUGUUGUUUUAGGUCAGAUGUUUCAUUCCAUCCUGUCGUUGUUCAUCACUCUUUUUUCAUUUUUCUCCAGGGGUUGAUUUGACUGUGGACGCCACCGUCUACCUGUUUUUUCAUUCACGAUCUGAUUCGAUUGAAAUGAAAUGAGUAAUGAAGUGUCUGUUUGACAGAUUUGACGAUUUGAGACGUGAAACAUUGCUGUUUUUUCCAGACGUUUAAGAAACAGUACCUAUUGUCCCCUGCUUCCCGUGCUCAUCUCCACCGUCACCCAUCCUCAGCCUCCUUUAUGUUCUAUACAGUUUCCCUCCAGCUUGAGCCUCCUGCAGGCUGGUGAGUGACAGUGGAAUUCACUUAAAAUAUGUAUCAAAAAUACCUCGCGUGAAACAUGGAUGUUAUUUUUUUUGGGUGCAAAAUCUUUAUUUUGACGAAUGCUGCAUUUUUUUCUGUUAAAACACCGUUUAUAUUAUUAUUAUUACUCAUGCUCAACACUUUCAGCUUUCAGUUGGAUUAGUUGAUCAGUUGAUCAGUUGAUCAGUUUUUAAUUUGAUCAGUUGAUUAGUUGUUUAGUUGAUCAUUUGAUCAGCUGAUCAGUUGAUCUGUUAAUCAGUUGAUCAGUUAAUCAGUUGAUUAGUUGAUCAAUUGAUAAGUUGAUCAGUUGUUUAGUAUAUCAGUUGAUCAGUUGAUUAGUUGAUCAGUUGAUCAGUUGUUUAGUUGAUCAGUUGUUUAGUUGAUCAGUUGUUAAUUUGAUCAGUUAAUCAGUUGUUUAGUUGAUCAGUUGACCAUUUGAUCAGUUGAUCAGUUAAUCCGUUGAUUAGUUGAUCAAUUGAUAAGUUGAUCAGUUGUUUAGUAUGCCAGUUAAUCAGUUGAUUAGUUGAUCAGUUGAUCAGUUGUUUAGUUGAUUAGUUGUUUAGUUGAUCAGUUGUUAAUUUGAUCAGUUAAUCAGUUGUUUAGUUGAUCAGUUGACCAUUUGAUCAGUUGAUCAGUUAAUCCGUUGAUUAGUUGAUCAAUUGAUAAGUUGAUCAGUUGUUUAGUAUGCCAGUUAAUCAGUUGAUUAGUUGAUCAAUUGAUAAGUUGAUCAGUUGUUUAGUAUGCCAGUUAAUCAGUUGAUUAGUUGAUCAGUUGAUCAGUUGUUCAGUUAAUCAGCGAAUCAGUUGAUCAGUGUAUCAGUUAAUAAUUUGAUUAGUUGAUCACUUGUUCAGUUGAUCAGUAAACCAGUUAAUCAGUUGAUCAUUUGUUCAGUUUAUCAUUUGUCAAUAUAAUCAGUUGAUUAGUUGAUCAUUUGAUUAGUUGAUUAGUUGAUCAGUUGAUCAGUUGUUCAGAUGUUCAUUUAAUCAGCUGAUCAGUUGAUCAGUCGAUGUCUCAAUAAUCACACAUUCUGGCCAGUCAUCGCUGCUCAUCAUCUGUUGAUGCCUUUAUGAGAUUUUUCCACCUUUUCAGCUCCUGGUUAGAUUAUGUCUUUGAUCGUCACCCCGUCCUCCUCCCUUCAUUUCAGUUUAUUCACUCUGUAUCUCCUCCGCACUCUCACACACUCUCACACACACUUCUGAGAUACAGAAUCAAUGAGAAGAAGAUGAUGAGAAGAAACCCAUCCUCUCGAAGAAACACUGCCUUAUUAAAUUCAUGAGCAUGACGGGGCCGUCGCGACUCCCGAAGACCCGUAUCAUCGCCUAGUUCAAGAGUCCAGGGCUUCUUGGGUGCAUAUUCACUGUGAUUUAAUUCUCAUCAGUUGCAUCGGUUGCAUCAGUGGCUUGUUUUCUGACCAUGCUGGUAAACAGUGCAUGUGCUCAUUGUAAAAUAAUCACCUUUUUUCAGUCAUUUUUCAGCCGAUUACAGUUUGAUCCCUAUUUAUUUGUUUGUUUGUUUGCUUUUGUUGAAACGAUGCUGAUACUAAACACGCCACUGUAACAGGAUACAGCUCCUAAUAGUCACAUAUUUUAGAUUUUCACACCGAUUGUACUCUCUGGGGAAGAAUCUCGAGAAGUAUCACUCCGCCAUCUUGUAAAACCACAGACAUUUGCUUUAUCUCAUAUCAGUACUCCUCCGGCUGUUUGCUGGAGUCCGGCUGUUUAGUUAAGCGUGAGUUAAAGUCGGUUAAAGACCUCUAAAGCUUUUGGUUCUGUUCCUCUUUCACUGCAAUUGAAAUGUGAAAUUAUCAUCUUAUGAUAACAUUAUAUGACAAUAACCAACAACACUGACUUUUUUUCUGUUAGUUUAUUUUUAUUUUUUUUUUUUUUUAUUCUUUCUAUAUUUUUUACAUUUUGUUUCCACUAUUAUUUUUUCACCUCUGUAAAAAAAGUUUAUCAACAGACAAAAAGCUGUAAAACAAGCUGUUUCAACCCCCUACGCCCCCCCAACCCCCCGACCCCUGUCACGCUCUUCACUCACAUCAUUCGAUCAUGUGCUGCUGACUUGAAGUAGGUGCAAAAGAAAAUGUUUUUUUUGUACAGAAAUAUAUUUUUUAUGAAGAAUUUGUAAAAUUAUUAAAUAUGCUGUACUUUUUUGAUUAAAUGUAGGUAACAUUGUUAAAAUAAAUGUUUUUUACUGUAUAAAAUGUAAAUUAAUGGUUUAUCUACCUACAAGUAUAUAUAUCUAUGGUUGGAACAUUUUCCAGCAAAUGUCAGUAUGUACGAGCUUCUAUGGCAUAACCUCCUCCCCCCCCUCCACCCCCACUCCCAGCUCGUAUGUGUUCUUUGACUUGGGAGAAAAUGAGGAACCUUAGAGAAACUGUACUACAGAUUGUUAAAAGACAAAUAUUUUGAGAAAUAUUAUUUCAGAUAAAUAUUAAAGUAUUUUAAAAUAUA